AUGCUGACUUUGACAGCCAUACUGGUGCUACUGUUUAUUAGUACGGUCAGCCCGUUCCCAGCUGACAGCAGGGGGCCCCAAUAUGGCCUUGACACAAGAGCAAUUGGUAUGCAGAACCGCAGGCUUACCAAGGCCCAUUAUGCCUUUAAAAAGAACAAGGCAGACGGGUCUGCCUUCUGUUCGACGUAUCUUCAAAUCACCAAAACCUCCACUAUUACGCCUGUCGUUACAACCUCAACAACAAAAUGGAUAGCACAACCUGUCAGGGUAGUGGUUAUUCAGCGGGUCAGCUUUAUUGUUAAUCAUAUCGCCCGGAAAAAAACAACGAAGACCGCAUCCACGACAAUCACAAAAACAAGCACUGCUAGUGUCACCGCUUUAAAGACUCAGAGGAUAACAAGCACCCAGACAGAUGAUGCUACCAGUACAGACAUAGCACAAGUUACUCAGAGUGCCAUAGUGCAAGUGACACAGCAAGUGACACAGCAAGUGACACAGCGCAUCACUAGUACCGUUACAGCUACCGUUUACGUGACAUCUACCACAGAUCUUACAAGCAUUGGCACCAUACAGAUCACAGAGGAAGUUCCGACCACUGUCAUUGUUACUAUAGCAGCACAGCGGAACCUGCCACAUCAACGACGACAGCCCGGCUAUGGAUCUAGCAACUAUAAGAUCACUGAAAACAUGGGACAAUAUGACUUUGGCACAUGCAAAUCGUAUUGUUCGGCACAGACUGGCGCAUUGAGCUUUGCGUUCUAUGAUCAGCUUUGUGCAUGCUUCAACGCCUUGAUGUAUACUGUCUUGAUUAGGAGGGAUCCUAAUUCCGUCUUUCUUUGGUACGAUAUGGUCUGUUCCUCAGCGCCUAUCAUUGUUCUGGAUUCGACUAACUCCCAUCUUAAGCACGCCAAACGAGCCGUACAAGUGAAUAAAAACGUCCCUGCGUACUUACCACUCAAGGGCGCUAGCGACGUGAGCAGUGCGUGUUCAUGUCAUAUCACCAACAAACUAGCUGCGCCUACUACUACAACAAUAAAUGCUGUCAACGCUAAAACAUUCACAUCUACAGUAAAGAGCUUCACAAAGGUUUACUACAAGACGACAAAAUACGUUACUGUCACCAGUCAGAGGACUGUCAGCAUAACUGACAGCAAGACAAUAACCGCGACAGAUUACAGCACCGUAACCAUCACAGACCUCAAGAGUCUUACAGUCUCUCAACCCAUCAUUAUCACCGUCACCGAAUUAGAGAUCGUCACUAUUACCAACGUCAAUACCGUUGAUGUUACAGACUACAAUACUGUCUAUACUACCGAUGUGGAUACGGCCUUAGAAACAGAUCUCGAGACUGUAAUUGCUACCGAUGUGGAAUAUCUUACUGAGACCGACGUCGAAACAGUUGCCGUUACUAUCACCAACGCCGACAUGAUAACGCCCUCUCCAGUAAUUGUCGUGGUGGUAUCAGGAACUACAUAUGGGUGA